AUGGAAUUUAUCAACCUUUUUACACCCAUUUUCCUCUGUUUUCUCUGUUUUCAGUUUAAUGUCUCCUUUUCCGAUCUCGCCGCCGAUAGAGAAGCCCUCAUCAGAUUCAGCUCCGUCGUACAGGGAAACACAAUCCGGUGGAACAGUUCCGACCCAUCGCCGUGUUCAUGGACCGGAGUAUUAUGCGAUAACGCCACCAACCGUGUUACCGGCCUCCGCCUACCAGGCGCCCGCCUCGCCGGAGAAAUCCCACCCAACUCCAUUGGAAACUUGACCAAACUCCGUAGACUCAGCCUCCGUGGAAACCUCCUCCGCGGCGAAAUCCUACUGGACCUGGAGAAUUGCUCGGAGUUGCGGUUCAUCUAUUUGCAGAACAACCGAUUAUCCGGCGAAAUCCCAGCGACCUUUUUUAGGCUCUCUAAUUUAAUCCGAGUAGACAUCUCCAGCAACAAUUUUUCCGGCGAAAUAUCGGCCAGUUUCAACAAUUUAACCAGACUGACUCAUCUUUAUCUAGAAAACAACCAAUUCACCGGACCAAUUCCUGAUCUGAGCAGUGAAUUCUCACAAUUCAACGUCUCUAUGAAUAACCUCAAUGGUAGAAUCCCUCGCCGCUUUGCCAAUCUCUCGGUCAAUUCAUUCACCGGCAAUCAACAGUUAUGCGGGGCCCCUCUAAGUUCUUGCCCAAAUGAAAGCGAAAGCAACAAGCUUUCCGGUGGAGCAAUCGCCGGAAUCGUAGUCGGGUCAGCUCUGGGAUCAAUUCUUAUCAUUGCAUCAAUUUUCUUUCUAUGUAGAAACUGUCACAAAUCAAGAACCUCAAGGCAAGCUGUUCAAGAUGCAGCGUCAUCAAUACCACCAUCACCGGAGAAGCCACCGGCAUAUGACUUCCGGAGUCCUGAUCAUAUUCUACCAACUGAUCAUUCUGGUUCAGAUGGAGGGUAUUCUGCUCGUCCAGAUAAUAACGACGAAUUAACGUUCUUUGGGGAAGGUGGUUUCUUGUUGGAUGAUCUUUUGCGGGCGUCCGCAGAGAUGCUCGGAAAAGGGACUGUGGGUACAACUUAUAAAGCAUACUUAGACAAUGGUGGUCAAGUAAUUGUGAAGAGACUUAAGAACGUUUGUGUUUCUAAAAUGGAGUUCACAAAGAAAAUUGUUUACUUGGGGAAAUUGUACCAUGAGAAUCUGUUGCCCAUUAAAGGGUACUAUUAUGGGAAGGAAGAAAAGCUUCUGGUUUUUGAUUUCAUCCCCAUUGGGAGCUUGUCUUCAGUCUUGCAUGGGGAGGAAAGAUCCCAAUUGACAUGGGAGAUCAGAAGUAGAAUUGCUUUACAGAUUGCUUCUGCGAUUGAACACCUUCAUUCUCACAAUCUUUGUCAUGGAAACAUCAAAUCGAACAACAUUCUUCUCGCUAAUGGCUUUCAAGCCUCUGUAUCGGAGUCCGGAUUGAUCCAACUUGUUACCUCUUCCACCCCGAACUUAUCAGGGUAUCGUGCACCGGAGGUUAUCGACACCCGGAUAGCAUCCCGAGAGGCGGAUGUAUAUGGGUUUGGAAUACUUUUGCUUGAACUGGUAACGGGUAAAGAUCCGACUGUUCUAAUGAACGAAGAAGGGAUCGAUCUUCCGAGAUGGGUUCAGGGUGUGGACGAAUCAAGGUGGAGCUCGGAGGUUUUUGAUCUGAAUUUGCUUACGAAUCCGAAUGAUGAGGAGAAUAUUGUUAGGUUUUUGCAUGUUGGCAUUCGUUGUGCUUCUCAGGUUCCAAAAAGACGAAGUUCUAUGAUGGAAGUGGUGCAGCGGAUCAAGAAAAUAUGCAAAGAUUGAAGGGUUUUUUUUAUGUGUUUAUAAUUCCACAUUUGGAAUUUUGGUGUAGAUUUGUUCAAGAUUGGUUAAUGGAAAAGAAAAUAUGAAUUUUUUGUUGAUUGAUUUGAAUGUAAAGAUUGCAUUUUCAGAAUUGUAGUGGAAAAAUAGUAAUCAAAUCAAUUGUCAAAAAAGAGAGUUCAAAUUUAUG